AUGAGGAGAAUUUCUCUGCAAAAUGGCAAUGGCAAUUGCAAUGGUAUUCCCUUUGUCUCUUUCUUUGCUGAUUCAGCAAUUACUGUGAGAACUUGUUCUUCUUGCCAUUACAGUAAUAAAUCUAUUACAGUAAAGGAUAAAAUUGGUGUAAAUAGCAGCAAUUUAGAUGAUGCUGUUACUCUCUUCCAUCAAAUGGUUACAAUGAAACCUCUUCCUUCAGUUGUUGAUUUCUCUAAAUUGUUUAAGACUAUGAUAAGUAUGAAACAUUACUCUGCUGUCCUUUUUCUUUUUCGACAAAUGCAGAAAUUGGGUAUCCCAAUUGAUGGCUUCAUCUUGACUAGUGUGAUUAACAGUUAUUGCCUUAUGCAUUACUCUGCUGAUUGUGCAUUUUCUGUGUUACCCAUUUACUUGAAGAAUGGCAUUCCGUUUAAUGUUGUCACCUUUACCACUUUAAUAAGGGGACUCUUUAGUGAAAAUAAGGUCAGAGAUGCUGUUGAAUUGUUCAAAAAAUUGGUGAGAGAGGAUAUCUGUGAGCCCAACGACUUCAUGUAUGCAACUGUAAUGAAUGGGCUCAGCAAAAGGGGUCAUACUCAAAAAACUUUAGGUUUGCUCCGGUUAAUGGAACAAGGUAACACCGAGCCCAACAUAUAUAUCUACAACAUUGUUAUAGAUGCUCUUUGCAAAGAUGGAAACUUAGAUGCUGCUAUCAACAUUCUGAACGAGAUGAAGCAAAAAGACAUUCCUCCAAACAUAGUCACAUAUAAUUCAAUAAUUGAUGGUUUGUGUAAGCUCGGUCAGUGGGAAAAGGUUAAAACUUUGUUCUCGGAGAUGGUGAACCUUACUAUGUAUCCAGAUGUGCACACCUUCAACAUACUAACAGAUGGACUAUGCAAAGAAGGGAAAGUUGAAGAUGCCGAGGAAGUAAUGAAACACAUGGUCAGAAAAGGUGUAGAGCCUGAUAUAAUCACAUAUAAUGCGAUAAUGGAUGGAUAUUGUUUGCGUGGUCAAGUCGAUAGAUCGAGGAGAAUUUUCAAUAUCAUGAUCGAUAAGGGUAUUGAGCCUAACAUUAUUAGCUAUACCAUACUAAUAAAUGGAUACUGUAAGAAAAAGAAAGUGGAUGAGGCCAUGCAGUUGUUUUGUGAAGUUUCUCAAAAGGGAUCAAAACCUGAUGUCGUUACCUACAAUACUAUCUUGCAAGGUCUUUUUAAAGUUGGAAGAAUAGGCCAUGCAAAAAAAUUCUUUGCUGAGAUGCAAUCUGCAGGGCCCAUACCUAAUUUUUACAUUCAUGGCACUUUGCUCAAUGGUUAUUUUAAGUAUGGACUUGUUGAAGAAGCUUUGUCGCUCUUUAAUAAGUUGGAAAGAAAGAGAGAAGAUACUGAUAUUAUUUUAUACAAUAUUGUCAUUGGUGGCUUGUGCAAAAAUGGUAAACUCGACGAAGCUCGUGCCAUUUUUGAGAACCUUCCUUUAAUUGGAGUGCUACCGAAUGUGAGAACAUACAAUAUAAUGAUUAAUGGAUUAUGUCUUGAAGGGUUGUUAGAUGAAGCUAAUGAUAUGCUAAGAAAAAUGGAGGAGAAUGGUUAUCUGCCAAAUGUCUUCACUUACAAUGUCCUUGUGCAAGGAUUUCUCAGGUGUAGCAAAAUUACUGAAAUGACAACUUUUAUGAAGGAAAUGACGGGUAGGGGUUUCUCAUUUGAUGCAACUACAACUGAGUUAUUGGUAAACGUUCUAAGGGAGAGUCCGUCCGUCCUUGACAUGAUACUAGAGCUUCACUCAAAAAUUAUGAAGUGAAUAUUUCUUUCGCCUGAUUUAUUCGGCUACACUAUCAUUGUGAUACAAUUUCCUUUUAGCACUGCAAAAGAAAUGCUUUCUAAUGCAGUUUUGGAAGCAGAAAAGCCAAUUAGAACGUCGCUUGGGAUUUGCAGGCAGGCUUAUUGAAAAGUCUUGAAGGCUUUUUGGAUGAAUCUAAAGAUAUUCCAAGGAAGAUGGAAGACAAUGGUUGUUUUCCCAACAAUAUCACUUACAAUGUUGUUGUGCAAGGAUUUCUCAGGUGCAACAAAAUUAGUGAAAUGGCAUCUUUCAUGAAGGAAAUAGCUGGAAGGGGCUUCUCAUUUGAUGCAACUA